UCUAUUUAAAACUGCAAAGAGCAAUGGAGAGUUUAGGAAAAGACCAUGCUUAUUCGGACUCUUCCCUGCCACCCUCUGCAGCCCGUGAGGAGUAUGCUGUACCAGAUGUCAUCAUCACCCGCCGCUUGAGAGACCGGGAGCUGCUCCGCAAAAGAAAAGCAGAAGCCCAGGAGAAAGACUCAAUUCAGUGGGUUCUGAGGGAGCAGGAGAACAAACGGCAAAGGAGAGGCAGAGGUGCCAGGCGAGGACGGGGCCGCCAGCCAGCAGUGGAGCCCAGCCUGGAGGCAGAACUGGAGCCGGACCGCCAGCCCGACCCACAGGAGGAGGCUGAGCCAGCACCCUCCCAGCUGGCACCGCCUGAGCCAGUGCAUCAAGAACAGCCACUCGUGCUGACCGUCCAGGACCUGGUCAGCGGGAUGCAACCGGGAAUGGCAGAGGGGGAGCUGGCAGCCAGGAGCCAAGAUCCCGCCGGUGAAGAGGAAGUGCUGAAACCAGCCGAAGCAGAAAUACCAGAAGCUUCGAAUACUCCUCUGGAAAAUGACCACCAGGAUAACGAAUACAGCACACAUGUUCUAUUUUAAUUUUGUUUGGGGAUUUUUUUUAAUGUUUUUGACUCCUGCCUGACAAACUCUGAUAAGUACUGCAGAGUGAUUUUGACCAGCUCCUUCCUUGUGAGUAAU